GCAAAAGUACAGCAGGGUCGCAGCAGCAACAACACGUGCCAUGCUCUAUCAAUGCCGUUUUCCAUUGUGAGCUGAUUACUCAGGUCAAGAAUUCUCGCUGAUGGAGCGCUUGAAUCAAGAGUACCUUUCAGGGCGCUUCGUGCUGACAGCCCUGCAUUUAGCCGUGACCGCGACUGUCCUUCGUGGACGCUCAGAUCAUGUGCUUUUUGCGCUGUCCCCCGGAUGUCUUCAACAAGCCUUGCGGAUGCCCAAAGCAUGUCGUCAGGGGACUUGCGCCAUCGCCGAUGAGCUUUCUGCCUCUUGUCGACAAAGCUGGCAGGCGAACGAGGCGAUCUUCCAGGGAGAGCUGACGGCUGCGCUGGCCUUCUUGUCCCUGGAGUUGCUGUCCAUGCUGACAGCUGUACAUACUUUUCAGGCCGAGGACGUGAAUUUCAUUAGUGCGGUGCUGCACGGUGGUGGUGCCGCAGCACUCGUUCUAUUCAUCGUGAUGCAGACUUCAUGUGCCUACUUCCAUGUGGUUUUUGCCCUGACCAAUGUGCUGCCCUUUCUGUGUGACCUCAAUAUUUGGUGGGCCGUUCUACGUGGAGCUCGCCUGAAGCGGUUUCCGCCACCUGAAACGGAGUGAGGAGCAAGAAAAAGACUGGUGCAGCCGAGAGUGUACCACUUGAGAGUUGACAUGUUGGAACCGGUGGAGUCUUUGGGUUCAAUACCUUCGACUGCGAGAAGCGUUC